AUGCUACAAAGCAGUCUCGGACAAGCGCAGCGCUUUAAGAAGCGCGAACGCACACAGAACUGGGCGUACGAGGAGAAACAUUUUCUGCUCGAACUUUGCCGGAAGGAUAUGCACAUCAUCGAGAACAAGCGCCUUGACAGUGCGCUGACGACGCUGAAGAACCGGGCCUGGAAGAUCAUCCAUCAGCAGUUUGCGAUCGCGUUCGGUACCGAUCGGAACUGUAACCGGCUGAAGGAACAAUGGCGUCGGAUGAAGGCAUGCACGCGGGCUGAGAUGCUCGACUACCAGCAGCGGAUACAGCGUUUCGGACAGGAGGUCGCCGAUCGCAAGAAGCCGAGCGGGUUCACGUUCGAGAUCUGGGAGUUUAUGCAGGAGGCAAAGAAAGUUUGCAAGAACGAGCUGAUGGACGAUGUGGACUACUCCAAGAUGAAACUCUCGCUCGAGGAAAACCUUCCGCAGGGUGUGUCGAUCAAAGACUGCAGUGACGAGAACGAUGAUGAGAGCUCCUCGAUGUGGGAUAAGAAUUCGCAAAACAUUUGCGAGGUUCAAAUAAAGGAAGACUCCCACGAUGAGCUGGACGAGUACGAUAAGGGCCCGGCGGCAAAGUACCCACGACUAAGAGGACUCUCGAGCACUUCCUCGCCCUUCGGAACGAGUUCGUCCGCUGCGGAUGCGGCUCACAGUCGAUUCAGCGAGCUGCUCGCGUCGAGUUUUGCGAGCAGAUUGGCCAACAGCGACCAUCAUCAUCAUCUCAGCAGUACCGGUGGAUCCGGAAGCAACCACAAUAACAACAAUAACAACAAUACCGCUAGCGGGAACAAAUUGCUCGAAAGCCUUGACGCAUUCAACCGGACUGCGUUUGGGAGCGAAUCGAGCCUAGCGGACCUGACUGCUCACGGAGGCGCUGCGAAUGCCAAUCUAUCGCAAGUGGAUCUAAGCAACACCCUCGAAGCGCUGAACCUGCUGAAGAACCGCUUCAACCGUAUGAGCGAGCUGGGGCAUUGGAAAAAUGCUUUCCAGGAGGCACACAAUCUCAGCACGGCCAACCACCAACAACCACCAGAUUCACCGACCGGAGUAGGACACAGUGCUGCGACCAACCACAUACUACAGGGCCUGGCAAACGGAGGUAAUGGUGCGCUCCUGCACGACGACGACCACGACGGAGGAAUCGUACAUCCGAGGGCCGGAUCACCACUGCCGGCCGGUAGAGGUACGAGCACGGGUCUCAAGAAGUUGCUCGAGUCUCAGCACCAGAGUGAGCACGAGUUGCGCAUGCAGAUUCUGAAAACCGACCUAGAAACAGCUAAACUAAACAAAGAAACGGCCGAGCUGAACCGGCAGCUAGCGCUGCAGAAGCUUCGAAGGGGCGACAGUACCAGUACGAGCGUUGGGGACGUUGCCAACCAUUCUGACCGGAGAGAUGAAGACGACCAGGACGUGAUGGACGAUAAUACUUCAAACUCGACGGUACCCGAGGGUAGACUGGUUGUCCGAUCGUUAUCGUCGCUGGAAGCAGCACCACCGUCCGCCCCUUUACCGCCGUCCGUUCCGACCUCACCAUCGUUGUCCUUAAAAGUAAUCAAGAACGAGUAA